UUUAAAACAACANAAUUAGUAUGUGGCUUGAACCAUAUGUAUGGCGUGAAGAGAGUUCUGGGAAUCAAUGGAGGAUACAGGGGUUUCUAUGCUCGCAACACAAUCACUUUAACUCCUAAGAGUGUGAAUGAUAUACAUAAGCGUGGGGGGACUGUCCUCGGAACAUCACGGGGAGGACAUGACACCAAAAAGAUAGUUGACAGUAUUCAAGAUCGGGGAAUCAAUCAGGUUUAUAUCAUUGGAGGAGAUGGAACUCAAAAGGGUGCAUCUGCAAUUUUUGAGGAAGUCAGAAGGCGUGGUCUAAAAGUUUCAGUUGUAGGAAUCCCCAAAACAAUAGACAAUGACAUCCCGGUUAUUGACAAGUCCUUUGGCUUUGACACUGCUGUUGAGGAGGCUCAACGAGCUAUAAAUGCUGCACAUGUUGAGGCUGAAAGUGUUGAAAAUGGCAUAGGUGUGGUCAAGUUGAUGGGUAGAAACAGCGGAUUUAUUGCAAUGUAUGCUACUCUUGCAAGUCGAGAUGUGGAUUGUUGCUUAAUUCCAGAGUCACCCUUUUACCUUGAAGGUCCUGGUGGACUUUAUGAAUAUAUAGAGAAAAGACUCAAGGAAAAUGGGCACAUGGUUAUUGUGAUUGCUGAAGGAGCAGGACAAGAACUUGUUUCUGAGAGUGUGGAGUCCAUGGGCACGCAGGAUGCUUCUGGAAACAAGCUUCUUCAAGAUGUUGGCCUAUGGAUAUCCCAAAAGAUUAGGGAUCAUUUUGCUGAACAGAAGACACUACCAAUAACUCUCAAAUACAUAGAUCCAACUUACAUGAUCCGAGCUAUUCCAAGCAAUGCUUCUGAUAACGUGUAUUGCACACUUCUUGCUCAAAGUGCUGUUCAUGGAGCAAUGGCAGGUUACACUGGCUAUACCAGUGGACUUGUCAAUGGAAGACAAACUUAUAUACCCUUCUAUAGAAUCACUGAGAGACAGAACCACGUAGUGAUAACUGAUAGAAUGUGGGCUAGGCUUUUAUCUUCGACAAAUCAACCCAGUUUUUUGGAUGUGAAGGGUGACCAUGAAGAGACGAAGGAAGAAGAAACAUUGCAUCAGGUACCGAAUGAUCGAAUUUCCAAAGUCACUUUGGAUAACAACGAAAUCAGCCAUGUCUAUCCUGCAGCUUGCUAGUUAUUGUUGUGAUUUGUGACCCUUUGUCAUGCGAUACACUUAAUAGUAUAUAAGAGCUAUCAUUUUGCCCUUGUUUGUCAAUAAGAUGGCUGUGGAAAACUCAGCCUUGCACCAUGAAAAUGCUUGUCAGAAUGUUGUUGCUUUCCAAUGAGAUUGCUUUAUCUGGAAAUGAACUUUCAUUGGUUUGAA